UGCUGAGUCCUCAGUUGGUCCUCCAGGCUCAGCACUGAUGGUCACCAUGAUCAGACUUCUCACUAUCUUCUCUGUUCCUUUGUUCUGGAUUACAGUAGAGUCACUCAGUCAAGAGGUGAACCAAACUCCUUUUACUCUCCUGGGGAAGCCAGAAGAAAGGAUCCAACUGAACUGCAGUUAUAACAUUCCUAAUUACGACACUAUACUCUGGUACCAGCGCUCAGUGGGAGACACUGCUCUGAAACUAAUAGGAGGAGAGAAAAAAUGAAUUGAAAAAUGCCAAGGAAGAUAGAGAAAGUAGCUCUCUACUCUGGAGAGUUACCCAAAGCUCUCUUUUGGAAUAGGGGGAGUCGAAAGGAUGAUGAACCCUCCUCCUUCAGAGCCCUCUCACCUGGACAGAUUCCAGACAUGAGGAUGUUGAAGAACAUACGAGGGGAGAGGUUCUAUCUUGGAACCAUCACCCUGGGGCUCAGUGACUCUGAGAGUUCCUCCGACGAGAGCUCUUCCUUCUCGUCUCACCGACUUCCCUGUCAACUUCCUGUAGCCACAAGGGGGCAUCCUCAAAUGAACCACGGGAAGAUAAACGAGCUAGAACACCUGGUGGAGGAUUUGAGGAAGACCAUCCAGGAGCUUCAACUAAAAAAUAUUUCUCUGAGCAACUUGGUUGAGAAAUUACAGCAUGUUGAAACCAGGAAGAAGGCUGAGAUAAAGAAUCUCAAGAUGGAGGUGCAGACACUCAAAGAAGCAGCAUGCGAUGGUGCUUGCCAUAGACGUCUGGACAGGAAGAGGGUGGAGAACAGUAGAGAGAAAGUGAUCAAGAGAGGGGAAGAAAGAGAGAUGUACAGUGAUGAAAUGUACACAGAGAGAAAGGUUGAUAAGCGAACAAAGCAGAAUAUUGACAAAAGGCAGAUUGUGAUGGACAGCUUGCGAGAAAAGGAGAACGAGACACGGAGGGAAGUGGAAGAACGGGACAACAUGAAGAGGCAGAGAGACAAACUGCAGUGUGAGAUCAAGAAGCUGAAAAGUGAACUUCUAGAGAUGAAAAGGGAGAAGGUCCAAGAAAUAUAUGAGAAGGAUAGAAUAAAAGCAAGGCAAGAUGAAGAAAAAAACACAACAGAGUCACAGUGCCGGGCAGGAAAAAGCAGAGAAGUGUUGGGAAGGGGAGAAAUGGAGAGACGGAUGAAAGAGCAAUCAUUAGAAAAACAAAGAAAGGAUGAGACGCAGAGGGAGAUGGAAAGGAGAGAAGAAGAGCGGAUGCAAAGAGAGGCUAGGAGACAAAAGGAGAGACAAAAAGCUCUGGACACAGAAAGGGAAGCCCUAGAGGGAAGGGAAGAACUAGAGAGAGCGAGGGAGGAUGCAAGACAAAAACAAGAUCAUCAGAAGGAACUUGAAAGACAGAAGAAGUUAGACGGAAAGGCCAAACAGGAGAUGGAGGGUGCAAGAGAAAAAGAAGCACUGAAAAGGGAAGGUGAAGAGAUGCAGAGUGAGUCAAAGAGACAUUGA